UCAGUGCAGAAGAUUUUAGGGCUAUAAUUAAUACUGCAUGGAUAUAAAUUGCCCGUAGUAAUGGCUUUGGAGUGGUAGAAGGUACAGAUGGGUAAGAUUCAGGGAGGCAGGGGAAAAGUGGAAGAGGAGAUGUUGGUACCCACUAUGUUUGGUCUCGAGACCAUAACAUUGACUACAGUUUUUACCAAAGGAAAUAUCAGUCCCCUGGGACUUGUGUUCAGUGAAGUGAGAGGGUGGGGAAAGCUGCAACUGUAAUGUGUGUACUUAGGUCUGAAAAUUCCCACUCGCCACCAUGCACGCUCAAAAGUAAAAUUUACCAAGAAGCGUAUUGCUAAUGGGCGUGCUAACGAUCAUUGCACCAUUGUAUCCUCUGUUCCCUAUUGGAUUUGGGACAGGGUGGGGGGAAGAGGUGGCCCUAUUCAUUUAUCCAGGAAAUUCAAAGAAUGUGGGCCUUAAAUCAGCAUCAGAACUUCUCUUCAUGGAUCAAAAGGACUGUGCCAUCAGCUGUCAGGGUGGUUUUCCACUUCCCAUUCUUGCGGUUUUGUGGUUGAGAGAGGGUCUCGAUAAGUACGUAUCUGGAACACUAAUGCAGCUGGGAUGGUUAUUUAUUAUAAAAAUCUGCUUUUUUCCUGGCUACCUUUGCAUUGGUCACAUGACUUCUGGUGCGAGCACCUUAAACCCUCCCUUCUUUCCUCCCUCCUUCAUCCUUGUACUACCCAGACCCCCUCUGUGGGGCCCAGACUCCAGGGAGCUUCUUAAACGACCUUUUCCUGAGAGAAAGCAGAGACUCAGAGUAGCCAUUUGCCCACAGUGAGUUGGUUGAAAUGCUUUCUUUUUACUCUGAACACCUGAUUGUAAAUUGACCCAAACACCCACACCGUCCUCUCCCAGCUUGGCUCAAACUUGUCAGUGGCUGGUUGUAGUGCCGUCCUCCUGUUGAUCUGCUUAGACCCUGCUUCUCAUUGAUAUACUGUUUCCUUUUGUUGAUGUUGGUCACCUUUAGUAUUUUAGCUAAGGGACAAAGCCUAAGAACCCAGAGGUGAGGUUCACAUCAGUUCCAAACCGUGCAUCUACCUGGUAAGACUGAAUAUGCACAGAAUUUCUGAGUUUGAGAGGCAUACGUAAUAAGUUACUGGAGUUUAGUGGAAGUUGCUGUUUUAAAACCAUAAUUAUGAUUACAGCAGAAAUAGAAGCAUAUAGAUGGAGUUUCUGUAGCAAUUGUACAAGGGCCCAGAGGCUGAGACUCUGUUUCUAAGGACGUCAGGAUUAGUAAAGAAGUGUUAAUCCCAUAUCUUAAAAUAUUGGCAGAUAGACCAAGAACGUUAGUUUCCAAUAGUGGUGUUUUUCCACUCCAAAGAGUGGAGUUAACUUUAAUUCAAAAAGAAAUCAUAGCUUUUAUUAUUUCUGAGGACAGUGAAUUCAGUAGGACUUCCCCACCUUCCCUUGAUAUACUCCCUAACUCUUGUGUUGAUCAUAUUGUAUAGGUUGCACCAGCAGAAAUUCCCUAAAAUUGCCUUGCACAUCCCAGGGGCAUUUAAUAGUUAUCCAGGGCAUCUUACCCAUGACAACUCUCCAUAUCUCCAUGUUUGUAUAGAUGGGGCUCAUUUUCACAUUUGCAAGCAUGACAAAGAACAGGUUAAAAAAUUGGGCAGAAGGAUUCACUUCAUGGCCCAAGGGCAUUUAAGAUCUCUAUAUAAAUUCAUAGGUGGAGGAAAGGCACAUAAAACAAUAGGAGUAAUGACUGUUUCCUGAGGUCUGGAGAAGGGGAGGAUGAGGAAUUUUUUUCUGAUUGAGGCUCAGAGAACUAAUAAUGAAUUUUGGUCUUGGGAGAAGUCAUUCAAGUUUUGGUUUGGAUGCAGCUAAACCACUUACAGUUCACUGGCCCCUUAAUAUAACUUAUCUGAUGGGCAGCCUGUCUUCUGUUUAUAUACUGUUACACGCUCACGUACAGUUAGUGCUGCUUAUAAGAUCUAUGUAUGCGUUUGACAUAAGGUAAGACCCCAUGUAAACCAGUGAAAGAGAAGUUUCACUAGUUUCUCAGAUGAAUUUGUCAUCUAGUAUGUAUGCACGUGCACAUAUACAUAGUUAAUGCUGAGACAGCUUAAUACCCAUCUGAACAAAAUAUAAUAGACCUGUCAGGCCUGUAGCUUAGAGUCAGGGUAGCUUACGUUUGUUUAUUUUCCUGGGUAACUUGUGUCAAUGCACUUUUGCCCCAGUACUUACUAAAAUAAAUAGUCUGCCUUCAAGAAGUAAAGCCUCACAAAUUAAUUCAAAGCCAAAUCAGGCUGAGAAAAGGCCACUGUGCCAUAGAGUCCAUAAAACCUGGGCCCUGGGGAGCACGCUGCUAAGGUAGGCAGUACUCAUCUGAGAACGUGCUGCUGCUGUUCCUGAGCAGCUGCUCCACUAGCAAGACCAUCCAGGCAGAUGAUAACGGACAUGCUAGGGCACAGCAAGCAGCACCACACCUAGACUCAUGGUGACCCCAGACAAACUUUUGGUAUCAGGCCUCCCUUCGCCAAAUAUAAUGAUGGUAAUAAAAAAAUUACCAUUUUCGGCCCCCCUUUCUGUCUGGGCUCCAGGAGGCCACCCAGUUUGCCCAUGCCUGUGUCCAGCCCUGACAGUGAGAGAGGCCUGCUGCAGAGUAAUCUGAGUCACAGACCUUGGAAGAUUCGAAAAACUGCAACUUUCCUUUUCCCUUUCAGUUGGAAGGGAGCCUGCUGUUAUGCCCAUUUAACAGUGACGUUUUUAGUGAAAACACUCAGGAAAUCUGUAACAAUGCAUUGGUUGACUUGUUUUGCAAUGUGGUUUCCCCUGGGGUUACUAUAACUUGAUAUUUACCUUAACACAGCUAAAUAUCUGUUCUACCUUUUCCAUUUGUUAAGAAAAAUGGUGGAGCUCUCACGUUGCACUGUAUCGCGCUGCCUCAUCCGUCACCCCCUUUCUGAUCUUCCCUCUUCAGAGCUUUAAGAGGAUAUUGCUCUAUACUGGAGAUUUUGUCUUUCUUUAAUAUCCCUCAGAGUCAUUGACAUCUCUUUAACAGACAUUUUAACAAGAAUAUUAGCUUAUUCCUCUCUCUCAUAAAAAUAGUCUAUCAGUAGAUGCUCAGGGGGCAGCAUGACAGCUCUUACCAAAAUACGUCUGAGAGAAUUCUCCAUGCCACUCACCAAAGCAUUGUUCCAGGUGGACAAUAGCUGACUCUUUUCUUUGAGGUCGAAAUGAAAUGCGCAUAUUCAGUCUUACCUUCAGUUGUGACUACUGUAAAAACAAGUAGCUAGUAGUGGAGAGCUGUUUUGGAUGUGGGAGCCACUCUUCUUUAAAUAGAAGAUACCCUGCAGUCCAUGUUGGCUUGUUACGGUUCUCCUGUUGGAAGGGUUGAAGGAGCCAUUGUACUUAUUCCUCAGCUCUGAUGUAUAUCCCUGGCAUAGAAUAACAUUGAGUUUAAAAAGAGAAGGCUGUUUCUUGCUUGUAAAGGAGACUUCAAUUUACCUUGUUUGUCAAUGGUUAAUAUUUUGCUAAACGUGCCAAACAGAAACUUGACACCACAUCCUUAAUAGAAUAAAUAGCUGGUUUUGGCCAUGUAGUAAAAGUGGAACAGACUAAACAUGGUAUCUUAUCCAAGCUAUUGAUAACGUGCUUCUAAACUAGUCCAGUCUGUAAGUGCCAGCUUGUUCAGUUCAUUCUGUUUUAAGGCUAGUUUUUCAUCUUCUUGCAAAACAAUAGAACUGAGUUUAUCUACAAUUCAUGUAUGUGUGUAUCCACACACUAUGCAAACACAGAGAUUAUGGAAAGAAAAAGGCUUACAUCCUUUUUAUUCAUGAUUAUCCAUCUGUAACCAGCCUGCUUAAGACUUCUUAGCCAAUUACAACAACAUACGUGACCUCCAAAAGUGGCUGACGUGUGGCUUCACUUAAAGUGUGGCUGCACAGGUUCUUCUCCCAAAAGUGGCCCCCUUGAGUGGGAGGGUGGCUCCAGUUCCCAUAGAUGUCAAGAAGUCUUCAGUAGAAGUUGGAUCAGAGCCUACCAAAGUUAAAAGAUGUUGGGAAAAUGGUUCCCCAGCUUUGUGAAACACUUUACAUGCACGUUUGUCUAAGGCGAUCUCACUCCUUUUAUGUAUUGUAGUUUAGAGGUAAACAUUGCAUGUCCUUGCUUGUCACAUGCCCUAACCUAAUGCAAGUCUGUUGUUUGACUUGGUUUUCAAGUUAUUAAGGUGUUUGUUAUAGUUUUUGCCAUAUGUUCAGACCAAGGUCUGAUUCCACAAACCUUAAUCAAAACUGGUUUCAGUGCAGUGAAAGAAAGGAAGUGCAUGGACCCCCAUAUUGGUACACACACAUACCCACACAUUAAAACACGAUUGACCUUUCCUUGCUUUUAUCAUCAAUUGGGAGGAGGAAUGGAAUAAUUUAACUCCACUUGCUGCCCAAGGGCUGAGCUCUUCUAUGUUCUUCCUAUCAAUUUAGCAUGUGUGCUUUUGUUUCUGUUGCUAGACACUGUAGUUCAGAUACCAGUCUUGUUGCACACCUUAACUAAUACAGUUUUGUUCUCCUGUUGUCUCACUCAGCCUGACUUGCUCAUAAUGGACAGGCUUCUCUAAGUUUUCACCUCUCUCUCUCUCUCUGGAGGGUUAUAUCUGAAUGCAUUGGGUCUGUAUUUAGUACUGUCCUUUGGACAGGAGAGAGUACAUAGUUUGACAGAACAGACGGAUGUGGUCAGUUAUUUAGAGUGCAUCAGGUAUUGCUUUUCUGACUAAAUUCUUGUUCGUGGAGCAUCUCCUGGACUUAGUGCUAGAGCUUCCUAGCAAAGUGUGCUUCACUGGGGAGAAUCUACUUGAGAUCCAGUUCCGUAUGUCCUCAGCACAGUGUCCGCCACCUGGAAUGAUCUGGGCCCCCCCCCCCUCCUUUCUUCUCCCUUUCUCCCCUCAAUAAGAGGUAGCACCAUAGAGCUGUGAGAUCAAUGCUUGCGGGUAGUAGCUGGCUUCUGGCACCUUCAUAAAAUACCUCAGCAUAGCUUAGCAUUGUCGCAGAACUGGUUUUAAACUGAAAAAAUCAGAAGAGAAAAACAAACUUUAUAAAUAGUGGAGAUAAUUCUAGCUGUAGAGUUUAGUUGAACUGAUGUUUAUUAUGAUUGAUGAACAUGAUUAUGCUGUAUGUAUUUGAGAUCCUGUUUAUAGGUUACAACUUUAUAGGGUUGGGUGGGGGUGGGUGGAGGUCGGGGGGAGAGAAUGGGGUUGACUGUGUUAGAAGGAAAAUGUUGCUCAUGAAUUUUUUUCCUUGUAUCUGUCUUGCCAAAGGAAACAUUUUGUCGCUCCUGGGUUUGGGAUUGUUGUUUGGUUGGUUUAUCUGUGGUCUAAUCUGCAGCACAGCACGUGAUGGCAUGCAGGUUACUGAUUGGGUUGCUGUUCAGGGUCCUUUACAGUGCGCACACACUUCCCCUCCUGCCCUGCCUUUCCUUACGAAUAAUAAGGGCCUUUGCAGGGAUCGAAAGGUCAGGCGAAGUGUGUGUACACUGUGGGGCUGGGGGAGAGAUGGAUACAUUGGGUCAGAUUCAACCCAGGUGGCAUCCAUGUCAGUGAGUGGAGUUGCAUCAGGGCUGAAUUUGGUCCAUUGCAUUUAACUUUGGGGAGGGAGGAGAAUGGUUGUUGCAUCUUAAUCUAACUGGGAGAGCAAAAGUGAAACAGGUUCCUUUUAUCCCCCUGUCUUGUUACUGAAUGUAGGGCUUGUAGUGCUUGAGAAUAGAUGGAAGACUUUUUAGACACUUCCUUUUCUAAUAGCAAUGCUAAUCCUGUCUAGACCAAAAACUACAAAAGAAAAACCAAACUGAGAAGUGAAAGCUAACCUGCUCCUAGCGCCUGGCUGGUGUACCUGAAAGGAUCGAAAUACUGUGAGACAGUCGUUGGGAGGGGGCGGGGUGGGGGCGGGUUUGUUUGUGGAGGGCUUCGCUGGCUGGGGAGGGGGCAGAGGGUGUUCCUCUUGUAGUGUUUGUCUUGGUGUUUGGAUGGGAGCGCUGGAGAAAGUGGGAUUAAUUUGGGAGGGGUUCCUAGCCUCUUCCAUCCCGACUCCAAGGCAUCCCUCCCAGUUUUCCUGAGGUGUAUUGGGUAGAGGAAGAGGGGUGCACACGCGUGUGUGUGUGUGUGUGUGUGUGUGUGUGUGUGUGUGUGUGUGUGUGUACGUGCGCGCGUGUGUGUGUGUAUUUUAUCUGGAGAGGUAGAUUUCUAGAGGAGCGUGGAGCUCCAUUGGGCCAGGAGAAUUUCCAAUGGCGCGGUAGGGAACCAAAGGCACUGAUAAAUUGUCAGCUCUGCUGUUUUCAGAGCGGGUAAGAGGAAAAACGCUGGGCCUUUUAGAGCUGUGGGUCUGUAUCUCUUUCAGUAAGGAUCUCAUCUUUGGUGGGUAACCCUGCCUUUUCUGCACACACUUGUUUUGACUCUGUGAGGAUAGACUGCGUGUGAAGAUUGUCCAGUGCUGCAGCACCCUGUUUCAAGCUGCUGCAGAGAAAUCAUCAGGGGAAAAAAUAUUUUCCCCUCAAAUAUAGAAGCAGCAUGACCAAAAUCAGAGUCUGUUGAAACACUUGUGCAGGUGAUCUUCCUCUUCUUAAGGUGGGGGAGCCUGGAGAGUCCUUGUUUACUCCCCAGAAUAGCUUGAUACUUUGUUGUGUAUCCUACUAUUGGGCUGAGUUGCUUUAUCAGUGAACCUGGUGAGCUCUUGUGAAGAAAGGGAGAGGGGGGAAAUAGACGAGUUGUCCAGCUACUCUUCCUCCAGAAACCAAUCGGAUUGCAGAACUUCACUGAAAGCUUUACUAAUAGACUUGUUGUUCUGACAUGAUGUAAAAGUGGUAUUAAUAUUGUGUGACUUUUUUCAAAGAGCUAGUUAGAUUUAUAGGUAGGUAAUAGGGAUAUUGAAGAAAUGACUUCUCAAAGAUAAGAGCACUUGGAACAAAAGAUGUGGAAAACAAGGUGUGCUUUAAGGAAAACAGAUCUGAGGAAGGAAAUGAAACAACCCAUAGGAAGGGGGAGAAGCUGCUGUCCUUUGGGUUCCUUAGUGCUGCUGAGGGGUGUGCCCCAGGAUGGAGCACCCCUUCCGCUGUACUUCACCUCCCUACCAAGCAGGACCUCAAGCAGCUCAGGCCAAAAAUACGAUUUGCCUUGGAACUGUUCCAAUCUGGGGAAUGGUUUCCCCUCAAGUUUAUGUAAACAGCAAAAUGUUUAACUCGCCACUCCGUCCCCCCAGUUUAGCUCCUUUUCUUCCAAAUUCUCAGCCUAUUCCUGUGGAACCUGCUAAAACUCUGUAUUGCCCCUUUUGUAGCAGCAGCGUGUUUUCAAACACUGUUCGUUGCGCUGUGCUGAUGUUGUGGGUGGUGCUGGCAUGCUAUGGUGCUAUACAAAUCCUAAGUUCUUUAAAAAAAAAAAAUCUUAUUUUGGCUCCAUCCAAGACCCUGGGGACUGUAGGCCAAGUCAUAUACUGUGGAGAGCACACAGGCCCCUUCAGACCUGAGAGCUACUGUACAAAUCAAAGCAAUCACCUUUGAUGGUGUCCUUCCACACAAGGUAGUUUGGAUCAAAAAUAGGUCCUUCCACAUUCUCGUCCUCCCUCUCACUGUGUCGGCAUCUGUGAAUCCUGGUGCCUUCUUUGCACAAGUGACUUCACAGGAGAAAUGUGACAUCUCUUCUCCCAGGGAAUUCACAGGGAAUACAACAGGGCCCUCGUUUUGAAACAGGGAGAGAAGGGGUCACUGCAGAGUUGCCUGCAGUGGGCUCUGGGUAUUGUGAAUUAGGACAAGUUAGAUGUGGAAAAGGUGUUCUCCUUUCAGAGAGCGUGUGCCAACUGUCUGCCAGAAGGAUCAGUGCAGUAGCUUCCUUGUGCCUGCCAAUGCUGUUCCAUUUCCUUCCUCUCUGGUAGUAUCUAAGGCUAGGUGUGAAUAGGUGUGGGGUGUUUAUCCGCCACAGGUACAGGAGCUGUCGUAUACCUCAUUUCUAACUCGUAACUGAGUAACUUGCUUUAACUUUCUCCGAACCCUACAGAGUUGCCAAGUCUGCCCUCCCUCCCUUGAUUAACGUUGAACUCUGGCCUAUAGCAUCCCGUGACCUGCAACCUGGGGAGUGACUCCCUAAAGCCUCUGAAUGUCGCUGCUUAAAAGCUACUGCAAACCGAGGGCAAAUUGCAAUCUUCUACUGUUUCUUUUGCUUACAAGGGGUCCUCUUAAUUAGUCUGUGAAUAGCCAGCCCCCGCCCCUCCAUGCGUGGAACGUCCACACUGCCUGGUCCCUCCCCGGGAGCCGCCGAGGCUGUGCUGAGCUCCAGGGCAAGGCAGGCCCCGAAGUGCUACUCGCUGGUUUUGCUUUUGUGUUUUGGGUUAUUUUUUUAGUUUAGUUUAGUUUUGUUUUUUUUCAACAUGACCAAAAAGAGAAGAUGCUCCAAAUCUUUACGUUUGUCUUUAUUAUUUGACAAUCCUGUGUCCCCCAGGCUGACUAGAAGCUGCCCCCUUGAUCCCUUCCAUCUUACUUUGAAUGUAGUUCCCCACCCCCAUGGGAGAGAGAAGCUUUGCCAGGUCACGGUGGCUGCUAUAAGCCGGGGGGGGCGGUUUCUUUGUUUUGUUUUGUUCUUUUAAAAAUUUCCAGCCAAAACCAAAGAUUUCCUAAUGAUUGUAUAAACUCAAAACAAACAAACAAACCAAAGACAAAGGGGCGUCUUCAGCACCAACCCCAUCUGUGAGCCAGCCCUGGUGGGGGGGUCUCGGCAGGCUGCCAUCCUGGCAGGACGGACUUCCUGCUUCAGUGCCCUGUGGCUGCUUCCCCGGCCAAGCGGGCUCCACCUGUGCCAGGUGACUUCCACCCCACGCAUCACCAAUUAGCUCUGGAAGACACUUGCUCUUGAAACUGGCCAAAACCCGGGGUGCAGCCGCUGGGGAGAGCGAUGCAGCUGACGGGACUCCACAGAUUGGUUGAGAAGCUGAAGACUUUGGUGCAUGAUUGGCUGCUCUGAUGGGUGCUUUAACCCUUUGGGGGCUGGGUGAUGUUGAUUAAUACACGCUGAGGUGCACUUCUGAGCUUCCCCCCCUCCCCUCCUCCCCAUAACUGCUUGGAAGAGGCUGUCCUGUUGUGAGAAAUCCCUGAAAGCAGAAGAAAAAGCUUUUCAUUUCUCUAGUUCCUUUUUUCUAUAUAUUUCAUUUUAUUUUUGCAGCACCACUGUGCAACUAUGCAUUGUAUUUCUCAACCUUUUAUGCUAGGUAGAUGCCUGUGACUUUUUAACUUGGGGGGGGAUUGCAAAUGGAGGAACUUUUUACAUGGAUCUUUUUAAUCUCAGUUGAUUGGGGGGUGUUUGGUUCUAGGGUCAUACAAGCUCUAUCCCAAAGCAAAAUCCAAAUGUUAAUAUUAUUAGCCUGAUGCAGAUACCAAAGAUAAUUUCUUUCCUGCAGAACCUUAGACUUGUGUAUUAAGUACGAUUACCCAGCACUUGCAUUAGUCUAACCUCAGUAAUUCCAAAGCUUAGAUGUAUAUUUUGGUAUAUUUCUGGGAUAUUAAAAAAUUGUCGUUUAAAUUCUUGUUUGUUUCAGUGUAAUGCUCUUAAAGUCAUAGCAUGGAGAUAACUGAACUGUCCUAUUCUUAGUAGUUUGAAAUAAUAGUAUUUUUGUAUGUUUUGGGUGUGUCUAUGUAUGUAUUAACAUAACAGUUCUCACUGCCUAGGUGUUCAUAAUUAAAGAGAGUUUCUACGUGUACAUAAUAUUCCAUGACAAACUUCCACCGAUUCAGAUGGCAUUUUCACUGAGCGCCGCACCCAACUGGGGUUCCUUCUUUCUUUUUUAAAGAGACAGCACCCUUGUGUCUUUCUUUGUUUUUUCUCCCUAAAGGCCCACGUUUUCUAUGUAACUGGGUCUUAGAGUGUUUUCCUGCUGUUUAAGGAAGGGGCUGGAAAGGCCCACAAUUUAUUUAAGAAGAACCUUAAGUGCAUGUUAGUUUUUAAACUCUGUUGGUCUCUGGGGAAAACUGGGAUUCCUGCUAACUCCAGCCAUUGGUUUCCUCUGAGUGAUGAUCUGUGAAUACUGAGUGUCCUGUUGGGAGUCUUGAUGCUUGGCUUCUGAAAAAUAGACAUUGUAGUUCAAGUGUUAACUGCUUGGGUUUGCUUUGCAUGACUGUUUGGUUGAGCUGUUUUUCUUUUCUUCCCCUCUUCUCACUUACUUCACUUGUCCCCUCAGGGUCAAUGAGAUCCCUGAGCCCGGGGUGGGACUGGGGUACUUGCGCCUAAAGAAAAAGCAUUUUUCUCUUGUCUCGAGUCUGAAGUGUAAAAGACCCAAUGAUUCUGAAGCUUAGCUGACGUCUCCUGGAGGAGGAUGCUGUCUCUUUAAAGAUGCCCUUUAUUAUUUUUUUCCCAGUGGCUGCCUGCAGGUGACUGUAGGCAUUGAGAGAUUGUGUAGAUUACAGUAAAUCAGGAUGAAAUGGUAGAUUUUGUGUAGAUGCAUUUGUCUGCUGUAAUUUUUUAUAUAUAUUAAACUUACUGUAACUGUACAGUUCAUUUCUGUUGUAAACAUCAUUAAACCAUUUUCCAAGUGUUUUAACAUG